AUGUCAUCGACACGGACUUCAACGGAUUUUCGAGAACCACGAGCUGCUCGAAUUCGUGCCCGAGUCAGACGUGUUCGCGCGUCGCUCACUCGACGAAAUGUCAAAGAAUGGAUUUAUGGAUUUUUACCGAUUUUAAAAUGGCUUCCACAAUACGAUUGGAAACAUUCGUUCUUUGGCGAUCUCUCUGGUGGGCUGACGAUGGCUGUUUUCUGUGUGCCACAAGGCAUAGCUCUCGCUGGAAUCACAGGCGUUGAUCCGGUCUACGGCCUUUACACAGCCAUCUUCCCAUCGUUUCUCUAUAUUUUCUUUGGAACCUCGAAACACAAUGCACUUGGUGGCUUUGCCGUUCUCUCUUUGAUGACACACUCAGCUAUCGAAAAAGUUGUCCAAUCAACAGCUGUCCCUUAUAACACAACUGAAUACAUCAAUAGAACGUUGACACCAAAUUUUGAAAAUGGAAAUGAGACAGAAUUCGCUGGAAAUGAGACAGAAGCUAUUCUCAAUUCGACUUUUUACGAUGAUUCCUCUUUCUACAAUGGAACAUCAUUCAUCGAAGAAGUCACUCGUAUUCAAUGGACAUCCGGUCUUCGACCAACCGAGAAAAUUGUUGUCGCGACAACGGUGCUUUUCUUGGCUGGGAUUAUUCAGAUUCUGAUGGGCCUUCUCCGUCUCCACUACUUUUUUCGGUGUUACUUCUCUGAACAAGUUAUGUCCGGCUUCAUCGUUGGCGGCUGUGUGCAUGUGAUUUUCUCUCAAUUAGGCGACGCUCUCGGAAUCCAAUUGCCAAAGAGGAAUGGACCUGGAUAUUUAUACUAUAGACUUCUCGAUUUGAUCGAACUCUUCCCGACUUUAAAAUUGCCGACUGCGAUCAUUUCUGCUCUAUCAGCGAUAUUUUUGCUUAUUGGCAAAGAAUUCUUGACUCCUUGGCUGUCUGAAGUGUUUUUUUAUCCAGUUCCGUAUGAAUUGAUUCUGGUUAUCAUUGGAAUCACAGCCACAAACUUUGCCGAAUUAGCAAGAAGACACAAAAUCAAUGUUGUUGGGAAUAUCCCAACGAACUUUCCUCCACCAUCCCCUCCCCGUCUCGAUCUUGUCCCAUCAAUUCUCCAUCAUUCAUUCGGCAUUGCUCUCGCUGCUACAGCCAUUCAUCUAACGGUGGCAAAAGUUGUGGAAAAAAGAUACAAGUACAAGAUUGAUUAUGGACAGGAACUGUAUGCUCUCGGCUUCACUUCUCUGCUCUCAUCACUGUUCCCUGUUUUCCCGUUCACUUCAGGGUUCGCUCGUUCGGUGAUCGGAGCUGCUGUUGGGAGUAGUACUCAAUUAACAUGUUUCUUCUCCUCACUGGCUCUUCUAUCAGUGAUCCUCAAGAUCGGCCCGGCUCUCGAGUAUCUGCCACAAUGUAUUUUGGCCACGAUGAUCAUCAUGUCGCAGAAGUUGAUCUUCGCGAAAUUCUAUGAGCUAAAAGAACUCUGGCCGGUCUUUAAAUACGAUUUUACAAUAUGGAUAGCUUCGAUGUUAUUCACAAUUUGUUGUGAUAUUGCUGAGGGAAUUCUUUUAUCUGUUGGGUUUGCAAUUCUCACAACGGUCAUCAGAAGUCAAAGACCUCGUUGGCACUAUCUGAUCGCAAACGCUGAUGGAGCUUUUCGAGAAACAAAACGAAAGGAACUAGAAGUUGUCAGUGGAGAUCCUUGUGUGAUUCGAAUGAACGCUCCAUUGAUCUUCACAAGUGUCGAUCGCUUUGAAGUGGCUGUUUGGGAAGGAGUGAAAAAAUGGGAACGAGCUAAGACGAUGCAACCGGUGAGAAGCUCGCAGAAUGAGGAUCGACACAAUUUAGAUUCACUUAUCGAUACGGCAAUACGUGGCCGAAAAUCGACACUAACUUCAUCUCGCUCAUCUCGUUGUUCUUUAGUCAUUGAUUGCUCUGGUUUUCCAUAUGUUGAUUAUUUGGGAAUGGUCACUCUCAAAUCGGUUUUUGCUGAUUUGACAACAGCUGGCGUUCAAACUUGCUUUGCAGCACCGCAUCGCUAUCUUCAAGAGAUGUUCGAGAACACCGAUUUCUAUUCUGAAGUGGGCGAAGAUCGGGUGAAAGAUACGGUGCAAGAGGCCGUACUUUAUCUCACGACUUUUCAUCCUACAGGUGCAAAAUCUCAAGAAACCACUCCUCCGCCACCAAAAAAAUACUCCACCGAAACGAUCGAUUUACGAGAGAAAAACUAU